CUUGCUUCUCGCUGUGCCACACUCUCGCCCAACAGUAAACUGCACAGAGGAUGGUCACCAUCAUAUUCCCCUGUGCAUAGGCUUACCCUAGGUAUGGCCAGAUAAUUUCACUCUCGAUUCCGCCUUCGCUUCUUUCCUCCUUCACCGCUUCUAACCUCCGUUACCUUCUACCCCGGCCCAAACAAUGGAACCCCGCAUGAAGUUCGACGACGCAGCCUGGGAACGCAGUGAUGAAAUCUUUGACGCUUGGAAGAAAAAGCUAUAUCAUGAACCUACGCAGCGAGCCAUCGCAGACUUAAUCAAGAAACACCGCGGAGGUGUCCCGAAAGAGCUCUUUGCGCCGCAACGAGGUGCCUUCAAUGUUACAUACCGCCUGCAGUUUGCCGACGGUGGCUCUGCGAUCAUUCGGUUUCCGUGUCCGGGGAUCCACAUGUUUCCUGAAGAGAAGGUCAGGAACGAAGUCGCUAUUAUGAGGUACAUUUCCGAUCACACGACGAUACCGGUUCCCUUUGUGUUACACCACGGGACGGCAGAGGAGUGCCCCGGGAACCUAGGUCCCUUCAUCAUCAUGGAGUACAUCGACGGCGCGCAGACGUUAUGCAGUGCACUCAACGUCCCCUACUUCACGCCGCAGGACCGCCCGAUACUGGAUCCUGAGGUAUCGGAAGAGAAACUCAUCUUCGUCUACGAGCAACUGGCCGACAUACUACUGCAGCUUUCAACCCUGACCUUCGACAAGAUCGGCACGCCGCUCGAGGUAGAAGAGGAAAAGUGGGCCAUCACCGAGCGCCCACUGACAUUCGACAUGAACGAAAUGAUCCAACUCGCAAACUGCCCUCGCUCAGAGCUCAUAUCCACCACCUUCGCCACCUCCACGGCGUACUUCUCCGCCAUCGCAGACAUGAAAAUCAUGCACCUCACUUACCAACCCAACGACGCCAUUGAAUCCCCCGACGACUGCAGACGGAAAUACAUAGGCCGCCACCUCUUCAAGAAACUCGCCAUUGAGAAGAGUCUCCACGACCCAAGGUUCGAAAAAGGGCCCUUUCGCCUAUGGUGCGAUGACUUGCGCCCGGAGAACAUCCUCGUCGAUGAAAACUGCCGCGUCCUCGCUGUUAUAGACUGGGAAUUUACGUACGCGGCGCCGGCGGAGUUUACCUUCAACCCCCCGUGGUGGCUGCUGCUUGAGGCGCCGGAGUACUGGAUCCGCGGGUUCGAGGACUGGUGCAGGGUUUACGAACCCAGGAUGAAGACCUUCAUCCGCGUGAUGAGCGAGCGGGAAAAUGCGUUUAUUGAGAAGGGGAGGAUGAAAGAGGAGGAGAGGUUGUCGGUGAGGAUGAUGGAGAGUUGGACGAGUGGGAGGUUUUGGAUUGAUUAUGCGGUGAGGAGGAGUUGGGCUUUUGAUGCGGUGUUUUGGACUUUUGUGGAUAGGGAGGUGUUUGGGGGGGAUGGGACGGGGGAAGGGUAUAUGGAGAGGUUGGGAUUGUUGGACAAAGAGGUCAGGGAGGGGCUGGAGGCUUUUGUGGAGAGGAAGGUGGAGGAGUCGAAGACGAGGGUUUUGAGGGAGUGGGUGUAAGGGGGGUUGGGGUUGGUUUCUGGCAUUGAACAUAGAAAUGACAAUGUGAAACAGGUGCUUGACUGUUGGCGUAACUAGUAGAUAGUCCUAGAGGGACAUAAUGCAUACAUAGGUAUCCGCUCCGCGGGGAUGGGCAAAUUAAAA